AUGACUUCCGCCUCCCCUGAAGUGGGACACGGAUCUUUCUGGAAGAUUGUGGGAGGCAUUGACAAGGGAGGUGUCUUGGUCCGUGAAGGUGCGGGCCUGAACUCCCCGGCGCUGGAGCAGCGCCUGUCGACCGGGGCGGUGGUCGAAGAGGUCGCCCUGCAGGAAAACCGUCUGCAGUUCAGGCUGGUUUCUGGCUGCGGUCCACCGCACGGAUGGAUCAGCGCACAGCUGUCCAACCGGCCUUUGGCUGUCCGGAUGCCAACUGAUCCGACUCCAGAUGGGGAGUCUGUCGAGGCCUCACUGGACACCACCAGAUCCUGUCAAGUUCUCAGUCACCCAUUUGGUCAGUCCAGUGGCCACACCGCGCCCACGGCGCGUCAAGAAGAGCGGGCAUCGCAGAUCUUGGAGAAAGGUACGAAGCACAUCUCGAGCUGCAUGUGCGACGCGGGCAACCUGGAUUUUUUCUACAUGCUGAAGGAGGAGCUCGCGCAAGGCCAGAGGCUUUUCAGUGGGAAUUGGAAGCCAGGCAAUGAUGGUAAGUGGAAGACUCCCUGGAGAAAUGGCCUGGGAAGUGAGCAAGUGGAGGAUUCCAACGGCCACAAGCUGCCUGGAUUGGCGAAGACGCUGCAGCGAUUGUGCGAGCUGGCCAACGCAGACAUGCUCCAGUGGUGGGCGAACUACUACGAAGAUGGCUCCGUGGGUUGCGAGUUCCAUCACGAUGGACAUGCCGAAUUCAACAUCACAGCUGGGGCUUCUUUUGGAGCACCUCGAUAUCUCACUUUUCAACAUGAGCAUUCCGAGCUAGAGCGCUCGUAUCUGCAAAAUAAUGGUGAUGUCUUUGCCUUUGACGCCCAUGUUGAUGAGGAUUUCUUACAUGGUGUCUACCCAGUGGAUGCCAAGAUCGGGCCGCGGAUAUCCAUCAUCAUCAUGGGCCGCUGUCGGGGUCAAGGCAUCAACAGCAACUUCUUUCAGGACCAAGCCUCUAAUCGCCUUGACUUCGUGAACAGCUGCCGGCAACGGCUUCUGCAACUCCAAAAGCAGAUCGCUGCACAGGAGGCAAACCUCAAGGCCAAGGAGGCCGCCGUAGAGGCUGCCGGUGAAGCGGGUGAGGAUCUCUUGGACGCGGCAUACGAGGUCUCCUCGGACCAUGUGGUGUUCACCAACCGUGUGGUUGACUUGCUGGAUCAGCUGGCAGAAGCAGCAUCCUUGCGCACAAGGUCUUGGGAUCAGAGCCAGCUGGCCAGACUUCAGAACGACGCCCUUCUUGCAAUGAAGCAGCAGCGGUCCACGCUGACAGCGCUGAAAGAGAUCUUCAACAAGGAGGUGAAGCUCUUGAAGAAGUCCAAAGUGCGUUCCAGAUGA